UCGGAGUCGAGGGUGCGUUGCCUGCUGCAUUCAGAACAAGGAAGAUGGAGAAUCGUGCAGUUUUCCCCUGUGGCAGCGGUUCUGCACAUGAAGGUGAUCAAAAGCGGUCGCAUUCAUAAAGUCAGAUCCAAAGAGUGAAGGGACCACACUUCAAUUUUCACCGAGUUUUGGUGGCGAUCAGAUCAAGUUAAGGUGCAGUCAUUUAGGAAGGGGUAUGUGUUAUGUGUUGUUUGAAAAUCACUUGGGAUUUCAUGUCAAAAUCGGAAACUCAAAACUGGCAGAAUCCUCCACUUCGCCAAACCCCUGGAAAUUCAUACGCUCUACCAUACUAAUAAGUCAAUGGCAGGCCAUGUCCACUGAUCCCUUUAGCCAAUCUGUCCCACUCCAAAUGUCUCGCCGCAGGAAGUAGCAGGGUUGUUCCAAAGCAUACCUACAAAAUGGCUUUAUUAAAUUUCACUAGAUUUUUGUUUUUCCUGAUCUUCGUUAAGAGCGCAAAGUCUCCAUUAUUCUGGCACCAUGCCCCCAUGUUUGUCGCGCUUUGUCCAGGCUGCAGCAGCUAUCUUGCGGGCGCGGAGGUAACUUUUAUGUUCCCCCAUAUCCUUCCGAAUAUGGCGCUCGUGUUUGGACAAACCUUGCAGAUUCUGAUGCUGAGACAGGGCGUAGUCAACGCGAGGCUGAUAAAUGAGGUCACUUCAAUGACUUGCCAGUCCUCUAUGCUCCAACUCGAAAUUCUUUUAGUUCCUCCCACUUAACGCACGGAUCCCCCUCAUCAGCGUGUGGUUGAAUUGUGACUGCGCGAAACCACACACCCUACAUGCCCUCGGCUCCCGGACAAUACAAACCAUGUCUACCACCCACCAGCUUUAAGCCACUCUUCUAGUAGCGUAAGUUGUCCGCAAGAGGCGUAGAAGAUAAGUGAUGGAGGACCACCGAUUUUUAAUAAGGUGAUAAGUCAGCGGUUGGCUAUUGAAAUGACUGACUCCUGCGCAAAAUGCCUUAAGGUUCAUUUACGCCACCUCAGCCAGUUUCUAGUUACCUUUAUCGAAUGGUCAAGCAAAGUCAACCUAGGACUCGGGUAUGGGCG